AUGGGGCUUCUCAGCAUUUUGAAGAAGAUGAAGAAGGAGCGAUGCCCUUCAUCAACAUCGCAUUUCAUGUCGCACCCGGCGGCGCCCGUUCCUCAGGAGGAGCGUGAGGCCCGCAUCCUCGUCCUGGGCUUGGACAACGCCGGCAAGACCACCAUCCUAAAGAAACUCUCUGAAGAGGAUAUCACCCAUAUCAUGCCGACGCAGGGCUUCAACAUUAAGAGCCUCGUGCAGGAUGGCUUCAAGUUGAACGUCUGGGACAUCGGGGGACAGAAGGCGAUCCGGCCCUACUGGAGCAACUACUUCGAAAACACGGCGCGCGAUUCCGCGAGUCGCGACGCGGUCACACGACGCGAGUCGCGGAGCCGAGAAGGUCACGGCACGGUGGAAGAGACGGAUGCGUUGGUCUACGUCAUCGACAGUUCGGACCGACGACGUUUGGAGGAAAGUGGCCAUGAACUUUCGGAGCUGCUGAACGAGGACAAGUUGGGUGGGACGCCCGAGCUGCGAAGGGUGCGCGAGCGAACGCGGUAA